AGAGAGGAUCGGGAUUCCCCUGAUCCCAAAAAAUCCCCUUCGUCUAAUUGAGAAACAGACUGCGAGUGAAAAAGAAACAAGCUUGCGUUUCCAGGAGGCCUAGAGACCCCAAAAUGACUCUGAAACUCAGAGGAACGAGCCUCGAGUGAGGGAUCCACGCUGCUUUGGACGAAAUGCGAGAUUAUUAAAACUAAUAAUAAUAUUAACAGCAGCUUGCGUGGGGAAGGUGAAACACACCAGCCUUAAAAGGGAAAGAUUCGCCUCGUUGUUUUGCUGUUAUUUUUGUUUUAAAUGGCUAGCUUGCAUCAGCACGCGAAACAGGUCGGGGACGGAACCAGCAGCAGCACCAAUGACCAAGUCUGGUUCGGCAAAGAUCCCGAACCUGCCGAGGCCGGUUCGACGGAAGAAUGGUGCGACAGCGGACUGGGCUUCUUCAGCGGGACCCAGCUGAGCAUCGCGGAUGACAUCGAGACGGACUCCUCCUGCAGUUACUUCACCGCGGCCCCGCCGCUAACCUACACUGCCGCUGCAGAGCACGAAAUCUGGGGUCCCCACGAUUUCGGGGUCUCGGGAGACGGCGGCGAGUCCUGCCUAUCUGUCUGGGGCUCCGGAGAGCGGCUGGAUUCGGCGGUCGGGGAUUCAAUCGCGGAGGAAACCGCCGCGGAGAUGGGCCGAAUCAUCGACGGUAUUUUGACCAUCAAUCUGCGUGGCGAUACAGCUGUUAAUAAAACGAAGAUCACUUCAAAUCAUUAUCAUGGUAAUAAUAAUAAUAACAGUAAUACCGCAGCAGCAGCCCAGCCGCAGCGCUCGGGAAAUCUUCAACAAGUGCUAGAACAAAUGAUCAAGACGCUGGCUUUCAUUUCAGAAGACGGAGACACGGCUCUCCACCUCGCUCUGAUUCAUGAGCACACUGUUUUUCUGGACUAUGUCCUGGGCUUCCUGUCCUGGAGUGUGUGUGGCUCUCAGUACCUGGACAUUCAGAAUGACCUGAGACAGACUGCCCUGCACAUCGCAGUGAUAGUGAAUCAGCCGGAUUCAGUUCGGAAGCUGCUCCUGGCCGGAGCGAGCCCGGAUAUUCAGGAGUGGGAAGGGAACACGGCGCUCCACAUCGCCUGCCGGGAAUCCAGGCUGGAGUGUGUGAAAGAGCUGACCUCCCCCCUGCUGGGGCGCGCACAGCUCGACACCCACAGCUACAUGGGCUUCUCCGCACUGCAUGUGGCCGUGCAGAAGAAGGACGUGGAGAUUGUGAAGCUGCUGCUCAACGCUGGAGCCGACAUCACAGGGAGGGACCUGAGCUGUGGUCGCUCCGCGCUGCACCUGGCUGUUGAGGGGCAGAGCGCUGACCUCACGGAGCUGCUGCUGCGCCGGGGCGCCCCCCCAAACCCUGUCACCUACGCGGGACACACCCCGCUCUACAGCGCCCUCUACCGGCCCUGCGAGGAGGUGCGCAGGCUGCUGAGAGAACACGGAGCCCAGGAGCCGGGACAAGAGCUGGACUGGGAGGAGGAGGAUGAUGAGGAGGGAGAGGUGGAGUUUGAUGACCUUGUCAUUAAUGGACACCCUGUCCUGUAAUCGCAGCCGGUCGCUAUGGCAACAAGCCCACCAAUCCCCCGACUGUCAUUGCAAGCCAGGUCACGCCAUCUUUCAUUUUCCUUAACACCAGUCACAAAAACUCAGUGUGUUACUGAGGAAACGGGGUCUCCCGGGUCGCCACUGUGGCUCCGAUCAACACGCUGUGGACCUGCUGGGAGCCAAGGUGGCGCCCACAGGACCCCAACUCAAACCCGCAGUUUCCAGACAGGCGCCAGUUCCACAAAGCACUGCUGCCGUCUUUAUUUCAAACAACAGCAUUUCGAGAUUAGGAGGACAGAGUUUAGCGGCAAUCUGUACGCUCUAUCAGAAGGUAAAGUCGUGUUGUUGUCUGACGUUGUUUUCGUUUCUUUGCAAUGGCGGUGAAUGGGACUUUGCAGAGCUGCUUUGUGAAACUGGCCCAGCUGUCUGGGAAGCAGGGAGGUGAAAUAUUUGUCAGGCGUUUGGUGUUUUGAUGUUUUGAGAUUGAUGUUUGCACUUUGUGUUAGUUCUUACCGGAGAUUCGCUGGAGCUUGUGCAUAAAGCUGGAAAGGAACAGCGGCUUGAAACCUGGUUCCAAGAGACCUAGUUUGAGGCAACUUUGCCGAAUCAAACCCCAAGCCUCCCCUGGUGUGCCUGGAACCUAGUCACCUGAAACCAACUUUCACGUUCCCUCGGCUUUAUUCUGCACAGCUGUCUAUACCAGCCCUGUCUUGUCGUUCUCCGGGUCCAUCUCGCUAAGUUUCUGUUGAAGCUGUGUUGUUCAUGUGUAGUGGAUAUGGCUGUGCAUUGCCUAGUUCUCUCUGCUGUGCUGGAAGGAGGUAUCCUAGUGCCGCGCUGUCCUGUGCUGUAGUAGAAUUGCCUCUUUUUUUUAAAGACCAUGUCAUUUGGCUCAGUUUGCAUCAGUCCCUCCGAGUGGUUCAGGGUUCUGUGGCGCCUCCAGUAUUGAGAUCGUCUUUCUCUGAACCUGCCUUUUACCCGGCUUUGAGCUGCUUGGAGCUGGUUAGCUAGACACACUGGGGCUGAUAAAGCUCAUAGUAAAACCUGGACUGGGUGACACUGGAGCCUUAUUCCUGUCCCUGCGGAGCCACGCCGUCGAUGCUGAAUCGCUACGAUCCUUCGAGACCCAACUCCACGUUUUGGGAUCAGUCAGCUGCUGGGAAGCGGACGGGCGCGGAGGGGCUGAACGUAGAAUAAAAAAAGAAGUGACGAAGGAUAGGAGGGAUCUUUAAGAAGAGGGAUUGAGGAGAGGGGCGGAUCGUGGUGUGAGAGAGGGAUUGAGGAGAGGGGCGGGUCGUGGUGU